AGAGUGUGAUUGUGUGAAUUUGACCUUUUAGCCCAAAAUGAAUUUGGAACUGAAAGGAUAUCCUCCGUCGAAGAGGAGAAUGGAGAAGAUGAGCGGAGUGGAAAAGGGUAGAGAUAGAAGAUUAGUGCUGUAGUGGUGGUUUAUAUUUUGCCCGUGCUCCCGUACUCUCUGAAUAUGAUAUUCGUAGCUGCUAGCCACCGCCUCCAACUCAGGAGACACGGUGGAAUCAUCGCGCACAUCACUUUUCUCUUCAGUUCCGCAGCUUCCGCCCGUGGCGAACUCAGUUCUUCUCCUAAGACGCCGUUGAAACCAAUUUCGGAUUCCCCGUCUCCUGUUUCCCGGUUAGUCUCACUUCUACGAGAAACAGACCCAAAAGAUUGGAGGGCCAAUCAUGAAGUCGAUGAAUUCCUGCACAGUCCUCCUUCCCCCAACUUAGUCCUCCUGAUCGCCCGUCAAUUGGGCUCAGCUGAGAAGGCGCAACUGUUCUUUGACAUCCUCAAGGAACAGGUAUCACCUGCUCAGUCUCCCUCUUCAUCAUGCCUAUCCCUAGCAUUUCAAGCUAUUAUCGAGCACGCAAUGCGGGAGACUAGGAGCUCACCCACUAUGCUCUACGAUCUCUUUUGCUCUGCUAAGGAAAAUGAAAUCCCUCUGUCCAUUAAUGCGGCAAUGAUGCUGAUCCGUUGCUUCACAGAAGCUCAAAUGUUCGAGGAAUCCAUAAACGUAUUCCAUGAACUUAGCCCUGAGUUGAGGAACAGGAAUGUGGUGAAUACUCUUUUAGCUGCUUUGGUUAGAGGGGCUCGUCUUGAUUAUGCUUUGGAGGUGCUAGACGAAUUGCUCCAGACAGACAUUUCCUUACGGCCAAACCAGAACACCUUGGACAUGUUAUUGUCUGAAAUUUGGAGGAAGGGAGGCGGGAGAGACACACCAUCUGUGAUCAGUGAGGAUCAAAUUCAAGCCCUUGUUUCAAGAUUUGGUGAACAUGGACUGUUCCCGGAUGACAUUUGGGUAUCUAAAUUAGUAACCAUGUUUUGCAGAAGUGGUAGAUGUGAUGAAGCAUGGGAGCUUUUGCACGAUGUGAUUAGGUCUGGUGGUCCGGUAAAAACCGGUUCCUGCAAUGCCCUUUUGGCAGGGCUUGGUAGGAAGCAUGAUUUUCAGAAGAUGAAUAUGCUCACAAACAUGAUGAAGGAAAAGGGAAUUGAACCAAACAUAAUGACAUUCGGGAUUCUGAUUAAUCAUUUGUGCAAGCUUCAUAGGGUUGAUGAGGCCUUGCUUGUUUUUGAAAAGAUGAAGGAUGGGAAUGAAGGCAUUCAUGCUGUUCAGCCUGAUACAGUCAUUUACAACACUUUGAUUGAUGGGCUAUGCAAAGUUGGGAGGACAGAAGAAGGAUUAGACUUGAUGGAAAAGAUGAGGUUGGAUGAGAAUGGAUGUAAACCCAACACCGUUACCUAUAAUUGUUUAAUUAGUGGGUUUUGCAAAGCUGGAGAGAUUGAUAUGUCUGUUAAUCUUUUUUCCCAGAUGACCAAGGAUGCGGAACUAGUGCCAAACAUGAUUACUUAUAAUAAUUUGCUUGAUGGGAUGUGUAAAAAUGGAAGGGUUGGCAGUGCAAUGAAAUUCUUCACUGAAAUGCAAGCGAAGGGUGUUAAGGCGAAUGCAGUUAGUUACACCAUACUUAUUACUGCCUUUUCCAACGUCAACAAUAUUGAGAAGGCAAUGCAGUUAUUUACUGAAAUGACAGAAAGUGGGUGUUACGCAGAUGCAAUUGUGUACUACUGCUUGAUAUCUGGGUUAAGCCAGGCUGGAAGGAUGGAUGACGCUUGCCUUGUGUUGUCAAGGAUGAAAGAAGCCGGGUUUUUACUAGACAUUACUGGCUACAAUAUUCUCAUUGCUGGAUUUUGCAAGAGGAACAAAUGGAAUAAGGUUCAUGAGUUGAUUCAAGAAAUAGAACAAAGUGGCAUCAUCAAGCCUGACUGUGUUACAUACAACACAUUGAUAUCAUUCUUCAGUAAGAAGGGUGGAUUUUCAAAGGCCCACACAUUGUUGAAGAAGAUGAUAGAUGAGGGGGUGGUGCCUACGGUUAUCACAUAUGGAGCAAUAAUUCAUGCAUAUUGCAUGGCAGGUAAAACUGAUGAAGCUAUGAGACUAUUUGAGACGAUGUGGUUGAGUUCAAAAGUGUUGCCCAAUCGAGUUAUAUACAAUAUAUUGAUUGAGUCACUGUGUAAGAGUGACAAAGUUGAAGAUGCCCUCUCUUUAAUGAAUGAUGAUAUGAGGGCCAAGGGUGUUAGGCCUAAUACAACAACGUACAAUGCAAUCCUUAAAGGUCUUCGGGAGAGGAAUUGGCUUGAGAGGGCUUUUGUAUUGAUGGAUCAAAUGACUGAAAACCUCUGCAAUCCUGAUUAUGUUACCCUGGAGAUUCUCACAGGAUGGUUCUCUGCAAUAGGUCAAACUGAAAAGUUGCAAGCUUUUAUCCAAGGACAUCGGGUUGCAAACUCUGGUGGUUGUUAAAGAUUCACAUCAUGUGUGUGAUUGAUAUUCCAAUUUAUGAGUAUGCAUACUAUAUAAGGACUCUAUUUUGAACAGAGAUGACACCUCACUACCUCACAAUCAGAAUUCAAGCUUAAAGUUAUUCCGCGGUGUUGUUUUCAACCAGAAGUGUAAUUAGAACUCUUGGGCAAUUUUUUGUGCUUUGAAACAUGCUUUGCAUGGUAUCUUUGAAUUGUAAGAGGCUAGGAGUACAAGUCACCGGAUCAUAUAUCUGUAAUGAUAAAAUAGCUUUAAUUAAAUAGGGACAAUAUUCAAAGUAAACUUGCAUUUUGAAAUAGUGGCUUUUAGUUUACUUUCAAAUCUCCAUUACUCCGUACCACCGUACUGGAUUGAGAUUCCUCGACUUUUUCUAGGCAUACCAGUUUCCAGUUUUUGUUUAUUAUAAAUUAAUUUCCUGUGAAUUAUUUGAUUUAAGAUCCCAUAUUUUAUUUAUUGUUCAAGACAUAUACUUUGGGUAGGAUGAGAUUGAGGCUCCCAUGUAGGCGGAUCUCACUGUAGAGUCCAAGUCUGUAUAUAAAUACAUGCAUCUGUUUAGUUCUUAGCCAUAGUUGAAUUUCUCUAUUGUUUCAGAGCGAAUAACAAAAAACCCCUGCUCAUCUGAUGUCAUGCUUGUGUUUGCAGGAUGAUUAGUGGUUGAACACAAGCCAUUUCAAAAGCAGUGCCUCCAUGCCUCUGGUUAAGAUUUUGAUCAUUUAAAAGCAUCCUGGCACUGAUACACAAUAAAUCUUGGGUCAACAAGGGUUGACCAGUCAUUCUUCCGCUUUCCUGCCACAUGUCUAUCGAAAAAAGCAGCAAACAAGCGGACCAAUGCAGAAGAGCAACCUGCCUGAAACAUAGUGGAAAUCUAGUGGCAAGUUAGAGAGGAGGAAGAAAAAGAGCUGCUGGAAUCCAUACUCCUUAGUCCGGUUGUGCCGCCGUCGGAUAGAAGAUCUGGGGCAGCAGCCGUACUCCGUGUUGUCACUCAACAGUGCACCGCCGCCACACGCUCUGUACUCAGCCCAGUCAGCCGAAAGUUCUGCUGAUAAAGAAGAAUCACCCCCUCUAUACUCCAACAGAAGCAGCAGACCCACAUCCAUUUCGCCAUGGAAAUUGCCCCUGCUCUUUGGUGUCGGCGACCUCCGCAUCCACUCCCGCACACGACAACCUACAUAUAUCACAAUAUCACAUUUAUAUUAUAGACGAGUCCCGGUCUCAUCAGACCAGUACACUUUGUGGUGAAACCCCUCCACAUCGCCUUGCAUGAACACAGAACUGAGAACACUGAUGUGCACUUGGCUGCUCUUUUUUAUUGUUUCUUUUCAAGAUUUCUAAAUUGGCUAACCUUCGGGUUCCAUCAAUAUGCCAUAAAUUGACUAAAAUGAUGGCCGCAUUUUCAUGCAUUGUAGAGGGUUGUAUAGAUAUACAGCAACACGAUUCCCCAAAGCUCCCACCAUUAGUGUCUAUAUAAAGAGAAACAGAUUACACUAAUUACAGAACAGGGAAUGGGUGCAAGGAAAUCAAAAGAUAAUAAGGAUAAUAAACAUACUAUCAAGAGCUUAAAAAGUUAUUCAAGCAGCAGUAGUUAUUUACUUAUUUCUAGUUAGUUUU